AGUGAAGUACGGGAACGUAACGCGACAUCCGGGGUCCAUUGCUACUAGCUCACGCGUAACUCAAAACCUCUACUAAUUUAAAGAGUCACGCUUUCUGGCACCACGAGAACGACGCGCCAAGCGCGAACGGAGUCUUCCGCGGAUAUCCACGUUGAACCUAACUAGCUACGAGAGCGGCGCGCAAUCGGGACCCCUCGCUUUCACCUUCGCGGGCGACAAAUGGCUCUCGGCGCAAGAGACAGAAUCCGCGAGCUGAAACGGCAGUGCGAGCGCGCCUCCGCGGGGAGCCCAGCUACACCGCACCACGACGAGCGCUGGCAGACAAUCAAGGUCAAGUUUCUCUCCUCCCUCCGCCACCCCCACCUGCUCCCCCUGCUCGCGUACUGCAACCACCCCGCCCUGCGCGCUCUGGCCUUCCCCCUGCUCCCCAACGCCUCCCUCGACCUCUGGCUGCACGCGCACCACCACCACCCAGGGCAGGAGCGCCCGCCCCUUACAAUCACACACCGCAUCCGGAUCGCUGCUGACGUGGCGGACGCGCUGUGCUUCCUGCACGGGCAGACGCCCCCGGUGGCGCACCGUGACGUCAGCAGCAGCACUGUGCUGCUGAGUGGGGAGUUGAGGGGCCACCUGGGGGGGCUCAGCCUGCUGAAGCACGUGCCGGGGGCGAGGAUGCAGAGGCGGCUGUCCCACCGCAAGGGGUACAUAGACCCCGAGUACUUCCAGUCAUUCAAACUGGUGAAGGAGAGUGACAUCUACAGCUUCGGCGUGGUGCUGCUGGAGCUGCUGUCCGCGCUGCCGCCCGUGGUGGACGGCGAUGUUGACGCUGCCACCGGGCAGGUGCAGAAGAUACUGCUCGCCCAAUAUGCCACCCCAUAUCUGCAGUCAGGCGACUUGGACCAUCUGGUGGAUCCACUCCUCUCUUCCCCUCGGGACCGCCUCGCCGCCCUGGCAGUCAUCGCACAACUCUGCAUAUCCGCCUCCCGCUUCUCUCGUCCCACUGCUGCUGAGCUGGCGGAGUGGCUUGCUGACCUGGCGGCAACGCCCCUCGAGUCACCGCUACCAGAUGCCGUUGUCCGGCUGAUUCCAGCUGCGUUUGCUGACUUGUGUCAGAUCGAAGCAACUGCUUAGAGUUGGGACGGCUGAGCCUUAGAAGGGGUUGUUGCAAAUGUGGGGUGAUGCUGGGGAAUGCUUAGUUAUUUGAGGCCUAGGUAGCAGAGCUGUAUGUAU